GUCUUCGCAAAGGCUCUCUUGUGACUCACGGACAAGACAAGCGUGGCAAUGAAGAUUCCGACUCUGAAGGCAGGCCUGGUGGCCCUCUGGUCAACAUCGCUCGUUGCCGGUGAUCUUCUUGGGAUACCAACGCUUCCAUACGGCCUGUCCAAUGGCACUUAUGACUUGUCCAACAUCCAGAGCAUCGUCGUAGAUGCUCAAUAUGCAUCUUCCGUGGAUGAUACAAUGUCUACCCUGAUUCCGCCGACCCUAUUCGAGUUUGCCCAGACAUUUGCCGCGGACUUGAGCUCCAUAUACAACAUUGACGCGGAAGUCAUCAACGGUACGGACAGUACGACCGGCAGCAUUUUUCUAACCGUUGGCGAUCCAAGCCUCUAUCUCAACGCGUCAGGCGAGCCGUCUUCAGAGGGAUACUCGCUCUCUGUCGCCUCAGAUGCGAUUACUAUCACGGGUGCGAGCCCGCUUGGUGUCUGGUGGGGCACACGGACAGUCCUUCAACAAGCCAUCCUGAACAACGGAUCUAUACCCCUGGGCUCAGGCACGGACACGCCCGGCUGGGCAACGAGAGGCAUGAUGCUCGACGCUGCCCGCCACUUCUAUCCCAAGGAGUUCAUCAUGGAGUUAUGCUCAUACAUGUCGUUCUUUAAACAAAACACAUUCCAUCUUCAUCUGAGCGACAAUCUGUACAACAACGUUGCCAUCUACUCUGAAGAGCGGUCCCUUGAGCUGUACGCCCGGUUCAGACUGUGGUCUGAUGCCGAAGCGGUUUCCGGUCUAAACAAGUACAAGAACGAGUCUUACACGCGUGAGGACUUUGAUGAAAUCCAGUCGACGUGUGCUGCCCGUGGAGUUACCAUCAUCCCCGAAAUCGAGGCCCCGGGCCAUGCACUGGUGAUCGUGCAAUGGAAGCCGGAGCUGGGGUACAACGGAGACUUGAGCCUGCUUAAUAUCAGCCACCCGAAGACAAUUCCGACCAUGAAGACGAUCUGGGGCGAGUUCCUGCCCUGGUUUCACACGAAGGUCGUCUCCAUUGGUGCAGAUGAGUACACUGGGCCUUCAACGGAUUAUAACGAUUUUGUCAACGCCAUGGCUAGCUACAUAGGCGUCGAGUCUGGCAAGUUAAUCCGUGUGUGGGGUACGUUUCCACCUGUCUACAACGGAACCUACAACAACAUUUACCAAAAUGUCUCGGUGCAACAUUGGGAGUACUUCGAGGACAAUCCGUACUACGACUACAUCUUGAACAACUACAGCGUGGUCAACUCUAAUGACGACUACUACAUUGUGAACAAGUGGGCCCCCGCUGGAGGAUACCUGAAUCACAUCAAUCUGACCAAGACAUUUUAUGGAACACCACCGGACAGAAGCUAUUGGCGUCCGUAUGUAUUCGAUCAAAGCAAUGCAACCAACAACCCUCCCGAGUCUGAUCCCCUUGUCUUGGGUUCCAUUGUGCCCAUGUGGAACGACUACGGCGCGAACACAUCGGUUUACUCUGAAGCUUAUUACGCCUGGCGUGAUGGUAUCCCCGCUCUGGCCGACAAGCAAUGGGGAGGCAACCUCUCAGAGGCAGACUUUGGUUCCGUUUUUGAGACACUUCAUUCUGCCAUACCGGGACAAAACCUCGACCGGACCAUUCCUUCUGAGGGCGAGGUUGUAUUCAAUUAUACUUUCGCAAGCAACACGUCAUUUGCAGACACGUCUCUAAAUGGAUUCUCUGUCGAGACGAACUGUGCAUCUAGCGGAGGCCUGCUUGCAUUGUCGCCGUCUUGCUCGGUCGUGACACCAUUAUCCUCCAAGGGCCGAAACUACACGCUCACUCUUUCCGACCUGACCAUAGCAUCUCUUGAUCUGCCCGACAACGCAACGCUGCUUACCGGUGGUGACUCCACACUUCUUCUCACACCAAACAUCACGUUCUUCGCUGGUGGUAAUUAUUUCCGCCUCAACACGUCGCUGCCUAUGAACGAAACUGUCGACUUGAGCAUCAUCGCCAGGGGGAACAGAACCUACGCGUCUCUGAACUCUGGACCAGAGGAGGAGUUCCUGACCAAAAUUGGCUAUAAUGGAUUGAGCUUCCACUGGGCGGAGAUCGCCUUCGAGGCGCCUUUGAACAAGAUAGGUGGAGAGGGAAGCGGGUGGAGCGGGACGUUGGGGGGAUUCAGUCUGACUUCCACAGCCUAA